CUUAUAAAAGACAUGAUUUGCAUAAAUGGCUCUUAUUACACCAUUAUGGACGACCUGACAGCUACAUUUUCGCGGUCGCAAUACGCGUCCAAGAAAUUAACGCACGGGAGAGAUCUUUUAUCGAGUUGGACCGUUUUCAAAGUGUGCGAGUUAGUUACGAAUAUUAGUUUACGAGGUAUUUUGCUUGUUAAGUUUUUAAUGGACGAAGGGCUUCUUCCUGGGGAACGGAAAUGCCCAGUUUCUAAUUGUGGCCACCCUAUGCGACUCCAUCAGUCAUCGGCUUACCCUGACGGUUGUUAUUGGUAUUGCGGGCACGUCAACAAAAAAAACAAGAGAAAGUGCAAAAAAAACCUUAGUGUUCGGACUGGAACUUGGUUUUCCCAAUCUCGCCUUUCUCUUGUAGAAAUAAUUGCAUAUACAUUUUUUUGGUGGCGUGGCACACCAUCUGAUCAAAUCAUCGAAGAUCUACAAAUUAACAACAGGGAAACCAUUGCUCAUUGGAACAGGAAGAGUAGAGAAAUAGCCGUUAUCAUGUGUUUUGUUCUUUCCGAGCCUAUUGGCGGGCCUGGCUCUGUUGUCGAGAUCGAUGAAUCGAUGUUUGGCAAACGCAAAUAUAACAGAGGAAAGAUGAGGAAGGGUGUCUGGGUUUUCGGGGGAGUGGAACGUGGGUCCAAUAGGUGUUUUUUAGUUCCGGUAAAAAACCGGAAGGCGUCCACUCUGAUACCUAUCAUUAAGCAUUUUAUUCUGCCCGGCACGCUUAUUUUAUCAGAUUGCUGGAUGGCUUACAGCAAAUUGAAUCUAGAGGGAUACGAACACCAAACUGUAAAUCACUCCCGAUUUUACAAAGACCCAGUUACCGGCGUGCACACGAAUACAGUAGAAGGUAUGUGGGCUCACGCUAAACGGGAUUUUAUUAAGGGAGGACGACCAAAGCGACACAUGUACGGUUACCUGGCUACUUUUAUGCUGAAACGGAAGCUGGCUGGCGAGCCAGGUAAAACGUUCGUCGAUUUUAUCAAGAUGGCUCACGACUGUGUCGAAGUUGGAUACCCGGAAGGCGACCACCACCUCCAUAUUCCAGAAGCCCACCCUGAACUUGAUGAUUCAUCAGGCUCUGAACCAGAUGACGACAUCGAUGACUUCCGGGAGAUGCUGAUGGAGUGGGUAGGUGGAGAAGAAGAUAUCUUCACCUUCCCGGAUACCUUCUCUUUAGCCGAACGCCGCCAGAUCCACAACAUCUGUGAUCAGCUCAAGCUCGUCCACAAGAGCACCGGCGAAGGCGAUUCAAGAAGGCUGGUUGUCACGAGGGUCCCAAUCACUCCCGAUGGAGUCAUCUGCGUGAUUCCCUCCGUGACUCCAACAUCUGACAUUCCCGACAGAUCGGUCAACCAUUCUCCAACAGCUCCUGUUUUAGCCAUUGAAUAUCCUCAAGCAGAUGAUCGACAUGUACCACCACCAACUAAUAUAGAGCCCAGAGCAAGCAAACGCCAAAAGAAAUUACCGACUCAUUUAGCGAUUUAUCAGUUAUGAUCUUUUCAUUUUUUACUUUAUUCAACUUGUUUUUUAUUAUCAUGUUUCGUUUCUUUAUGAAGUUCACUUUUUACUUGUUCUUUUUAAAUACACUUUGACGUCUUAAACUUAAAGAAUUGC